CUGGGGUUGAGCAAACAGCAGCACCACUUAACUCUCAAGUGCCCCACUCAAACUUUUGCUCUGGCUGCAAGGCUGAACCCGCCGCCAGAACUUUUUGGCUUACCCGUUUUGCGACGCCAAUCUUUUUUCGAUCUUGAACGUCUCGUCGUCGCAAUAACCAUCCAUCACCCGCGCCUUCAUCUCGACCAGCCCGCCCAUCUUAUUCGACGGCGACGCUCUCUUCUUCUCGGACGCCACCUCACGAGUUUUGCCGAAUAAUACGCGCCCGUCGCAACGAUGUCGGACCAAAAGGAUGUCAACAAGGAGGUUACCAGGCUGUGGCGAGCCUGGCGGACGGCCCACGAGAUGGCUGCGGAUCGUGGUUAUGAACUUGCUGAGGAUGAACUCAAAAUCUCGCUCGACCGCUUCAAGAUGGAAUACACCGCCGCCGAUGGUAGCGUAAACCGUGGCAAGCUCCAGUUCUCCGCCAACCCCUCCGCCGACAUGAUUCGCAAAUAUACACCCCCUCCGACAUCCCAAAACCCGAAUCCGACACCCGACUGCGGCACCCUCUGGGUCGAAUUUCUCGCCGACACGACUUUUGGCAUCAAGGAGAUCAAGAAGUUCAUCCACCAUCUCAUCAGCAACAAGUACUCGUCCGGCAUCAUGGUCACCCACGUGCCCCUCUCUCCCGCCGCCCGCAAGAUGCUCAUCACCAUCGAAUCCUUCGCAAAGGUCGAGUGCUUCCUCGAGGAGGACCUUCUCGUCAACAUCACCCAGCACGAGCUCGUGCCGAAGCACAUCCUGCUCAGUCGCGAGGAGAAGGUCGCUCUACUCAAGCGCUACCGUCUCAAGGAGACCCAGCUGCCGCGAAUCCUGCAAAAAGACCCCGUCGCCAAGUACCUCGGUCUUAAGCGCGGGCAGGUUGUCAAGAUCAUCCGAACCUCCGAGACGGCUGGCCGCUACGCCAGUUACAGAUUGUGCGUAUAAGCGUCGCGUUUCGCUCGGCUCUGUCUGGGCCGCCAAGGAAGGGGAGGUGAUGAAGACGAGGACGAGGCAGGACGGGAGAGGGGGUGUUUGUGCGGGCUGGGAUCGAGUACUCCUUUCUGACAGGAUGGCUGACGCCCGGCGGACGGGGGAGGGAGUUUAACUAUACUCUUUGCAUCACUGUUGAGUCUGGCGUUGAGGGAACGGCUACGGUCUGCUGUUUUGUGUAUGACAAGAAAAGAAAAAGGGGCUUCUUCUAGAAGGACAGCACGAGGUACCUAACUUACUAUUUACAUCGCUUUCGUUCGAACGGGUCACUUGGAUUGAAAUGGUGAAGUGAUCAGCCGGUAGGCGUUUCUCUGUCGGGCCCUUGAACCGCGCUGGAUGGCAU